AUGUCGUCAACAUCGGGAAGAAAUACUCCCAUCAAGGAUGAGAAACAGGAGAGGGAGCUUAUCGUUGACACCAGUAAGCCCUCGGUCAACUACAGCCAUGGUGAAGUCGACAAUGCGUGGAAGUAUUUGGACCAGCACCGCGAUGACGCCAAGGUCGACGCGCAGAUCGACCUGGCGAAGCUGCGCCGCAAGAUCGACUUGCGGAUCGUGCCGCUUAUGUUCCUGUGCUACACACUGCAGUUUCUGGACAAGGUCAUUCUGAAUUAUGCCGCUGUCAUGGGCAUUCACAAGGACCUCAAUCUCCAGGGCAAUGACUUCUCCAACGUCGCUACCUUCCUCUUUGUGGGCCUGCUGUGCUUUGAGAUUCCUAACAUCUACUUUCUCCAAGCCGUCCCGGCUGCAAAAUGGCUAGGCCUGAACGUCGCCCUCUGGGGCACGGCUACUGCCUGCGGUGCUGCCGCAAAGAACUACCAGACGCUUCUCGUCUCUCGCGUCUUUCUGGGCAUAUUUGAGGCGACUAUCGCGCCCUCACUCAUGCUCAUCAGCAGCCAGUGGUACACCAAGUCGGAACAGGCUCCGCGAUUCUCCUUCUGGUACACUGGCCUUGGCCUUGGCCAGAUCGUUGGCGGUCUGGUGUCAUUUGGCUUCCAACACAUGGGGCCUGAAGCGAAGUUGGCGGGCUGGAGAACUAUGUUCCUUACUCUGGGUGUGAUUACUGUCAUUGUGGGCAUUUGUGUCAUUAUCUUCCUGCCGGAUACUCCGAUGAAGGCGAAGUGGCUGUCGGAUCAGGAGAAGGUUGCGCUGUUGAAGCAUGUUAGCGUCAACCAGACCGGUGUUGAGAACAAGAAGUUCCGGGCGAAGGAGAUUGUCGAGGCGUUGAUGGAUCCGCAGAUUUACCUGCUGCUGCUGUCUGUUAUUCUGCUCUCUGUCUCCUCCGGUGUCGUUACCAGCUACUCUGCGACUCUUAUCCGCAACCUAGGCUUCACUCCUAAGAAGGCCGCUCUCAUGAACACUCCUUCGGGCGUGGUCAGCAUUUUCUUUACUCUUUACGUCGGUUUCGGCAUCCGCCUGCAGUCUCACCGCUGGGCGUUCAUUGUCUCGUGCAUCAUUCCUGCGAUCAUUGGCGGCGCCCUCAUGUCCUUCUUGCCUGUCACUGACAAGGCUGGCUGCUUGGCUGGUAUUUACCUUGUCAAUGCCGUCGUUGCUCCGCUUGCCAUCUUCUACAACUGGACAAUGGCCAACGUAGCCGGCUCGACCAAGCGUGCCUUCGCAGCCGCCAUCAUCUCCGGCUCCUUCUCGCUUGGCAACAUCAUCGGCCCGCAGACCUUCCAGGCGCGCGACGCCCCUGAGUACCGUCCCGCCAAGCUCGCUGUCAUGGGCACCCAGGCCGGCUGCGCUUUCACCACAUUUUGCUUGUUCUUGUAUUACGUCUGGCAGAACAAGAGUCGUAACUCCGAGGCCGAGACCGAGGAUGCCUUCUUGGCGCCGGAGACUUGGGCUCGGAUGACGGAUAAGGAGAAUAAACGGUUUAGGUACUCUUACUAA